UUCUGUAUCGUUCUCUAACAUUCGAAAAUACGUGAAUCAUAAUUCUUAGUGCUUGCAUAAAAGUAUAUAAAAAGUAAUUCGAAGCUUCACUAACCAUUUAUUAGUGGUAACGCCUGUAUUAAUACGUGUUAUUUGUGUCAUUUUACGGCCAGUGCAUUUAUAUAAAUCGAAAAUGGAGGACCAAGUUCCAUUUAAAGUUUAUGCAUUUUUUGAGGAGAAUGCUCAGCCAGAAGUAAGGAGAUUUGGUGUUGAGAAAACUGUUGUGAGCAGUUUUCAUUAUUUGAAUGCGAAACUGCAAGAAGUCUACCCAAAGCUGCGGAACAAGAUUUAUAAAGUAUCAUGGAAAGAUGAGGAAGGUGAUGACAUUAUAAUUUCAUCAGAUGAUGAAAUGAUGACUGCACUAGUGUCUUUGGAGAGUGGGCUGAUUAAGCUCAACGUUCACUGCAAGAAUCCAGAUAUUAGAGAUGAUGACUGUGAAAUAGAGAUAACUGCGACUACAAUGUUCCCAGAAAACACGGAUGGUAACACGGCAGUUCAUAGCGGAGUUGUUUGCAAUGUAUGCAACUCUCCAGUUGUGGGUUUCCGUUACAAGUGCGCAAUUUGUCAUGACUACGACUUGUGCUCCAAGUGCGAGGCCGCCGGGAAUCACAAUGAACACUGCAUGGUCCGUCUCCCCACACCGGACAUGUCGCGCACCUUGAUCAAGGCGGCAAUUAAGAGAUCCCGUCAUAUUUUCAAAUCGGUUGCUACCCACGUCGACCAAUGCCCUUACAAGAAGAAUAGACGUGAACGUAGUGGGGACACAAAACGCCGUGAAGAAACUAAUGGGGUUAGAGCAGACAGGGCAGAGCGUGAACACCAGCGUCGCUCUCGGCCGAGCUGGUUGGACACCUUCACCACAUACAUGAACGAGUUUACCAACCUCGUUGGAGAUAUUGGUCUCGAUAUGGAUAUUUCCACCGAGCACCCUCCUCCGAAGACUCCCAAGCCGAGUUCCGAGUACCAAAGUACUUCUCAGGAAGUUCCUCAUCCUCAAAAUACUGAUCAAGCUUCCGAGACACCAAAGGCUUCUGAGGCAGCCUCACUGAACCGAAAUCCUUCCCAGCAGAUCCCUCAGUCCCAGAAUGCCUCACAGAAAUGCCCUCCAAACACAACUGCCACUGCUCCGCUGUUCGAUAAUGGGGGAGCUUCAGGACCCAAAAUUCAAUUCGAUGUUAAUCAAGACCCUGAUCCUAAAGUGCUGGAUGAUCUGCAAAAGGUACUUAACAUAAUACGCACUAAGUAUAUCGAGCCCCACAACAAUGCCAAGUUACAAAACCCGUCUACCUCUGCUAAUCAGCCUCAAGCAUCAGGCGAGGAUUCCGACAAGCCCGCUACUAGCCAAGCUCAGGGAGGAGAGGGAGACGCUAAUAUGGCGAUCGAUGUGGAUAAAACUGAUGCGAAAUCUGUAAACUCGGACAGUUCUGAUUCUUCUGGGCAAGACAAAGAGGCUUCCUCCGACAAGGUUGACGAUUGGACCAUGGUGAACAAAGGUAAAGAUUUGAUGGAUUCGAGUGCUAACGAGCACAUCAUGGAUGUACCAGUGGCUCCGAUUGGAUUUAAUCUGCCCAAAGAGUUCCAGCAGCGGGUCACUAUUGGACAACUUCUGUACCCGCAACUUAAUACCGCUACAGCUGUGCUGAAACCUAAAGAAGUGGAGCGUCCCAAGGAGUUCCAACCAGUUGUUGCCCAGAGACAAGACAACCAGCAGUCGACUCAGAAGCCAGCAACUGCUGCUCCCCCAAAUCCAGCAACUGCUCCUCCAAAGUCGGCGACACCUCAACCCACACCAAUGCAGCAACAACUGACUCCGCCACGAUUCCACCACGCUAAGCCACAUAUCGAUGAGGCACUGCGUCAAAUGCUGGCGAUGGGCUUCACUAACGAGGGCGGCUGGCUGGUCGAGCUCCUGGAGAAGAAGGACGGCAACAUCGCUGCUGUACUCGACUUACUCACUCCGGUUAAUCCCAAGAUUUAAAGAAUCAUUUCCAUACUAUAUAUCUAUACUUGAUAAUCGACAUUAAGUAACAAUAGCUAUGAAACAAUCAUUUUUGAAUCAGUACAAUUAUUAACUUCAGUUUCAGCGAUGUAUGUAACACAUUAUCAUAUCUAAGUUGUUUCAAGUAAAAAAUAAUUUAACAGUGGCAUUUGACUUUUGUUUAACAAUAACUAUUAUUGUUUUUUCAUUAAUAGUAGAGAUGUGAUUAAUAUUCAUAUAGUAAUGCGUAAUAAAAAAGAUACUUAUUAAGCACAGACAUUGGUACUGCCGAUGUUUCAUGAUCGACAGUGCCCACUUUACGUCAGGCAGGCGUACUUGUCUGCCUCUUGGGACAAAAAUAUAAAACUUGUCCAUCUGGAUAAAUCUGCUAAAUGCAGAAUAAAUUUUAAUUAUACCAAUAAAAAAACAUUUACUCAAAAGAAGUCUCUGCAAACAGUACUUUAAAAUUAGAAUUUUGUGUUUUACUAUUUGAGUAGACUGAUCUGUUGUUAAUGAAUUACCAACAUCUCUAUGACAUCACUAUGACAGUUUGCAGCAUGCAAAUAUUUUUGUUAAAAUUUACUUGAACCUGACCUGAGUAAUAUCAAGCUAAGGAAACAAAAGUAAAACGUGGUUGCUCCAAACUGUUUCUCUGUUCCAUUCUAAUUGAUAUGAUUGAUAGAUUUCUUAGAUAUAUUUGUAGAUGAAAUGGGAAUGAUCUGUGAUGGCAAAAUGGAAAUCUUAUUGAAACAUGCUAAAAUCAGUC